CCAGCAUAUCCGCCUGUUUCGCGACUGUUUACAAUCAGAAGACAGACCAGAAUGGGGAACCCUGCAUGAGCAGAACUGGUCACAAAUCUUGCUGCUGUGAUGGCACACUGGAAUUUCACUCAGUAGAUAUGAGUUUAUCAAAAUCAGAGCCCCAGGACCAGCAUGCUUAGGGGCUUCUUCUCCAGGUUCAUCUCUCUAUAAGCCUUCAUCUGUCGUGAGUCUAAGCUGAGGAGAAACACAUUGUUGUGACUGUUCUGUUGGGUGGGUGUCAUGCAGCACCCUAACUUUGAGACUCACCACCCUCUCCAGCCAGAGGGAGAGCAGGAGAUGGGUUUUGACCCGCUCCACAACUUAAACAGGAAUCUCAGCUGUGGAGGAUCUCUGGAUAGUAGCACUUCGUCUGAGUCCACUUUCCUCUCCUACAGGAAAGAAUGGGAUGACUUGUUUCUGAACAGUAAUUACCUGACCAGGAUCCGUCAGGCAGGCAUCAACGGUGGAUUGCGGAGCAGCCGAUUCCGCAGUGUGUGCUGGAAGUUGUACCUGGAGGUCCUUCCUGAGGAUAAGAGCCAAUGGAUCAACAAGACCAAGGAGUUACGAUCCCAGUACGAGAAGAUCAAAGAGAGACACAUCACCAACCCCCGUAAGGCUGCAGGCCAUCAGGACUUGGUGGUCAACAACCCACUCUCACAGGACGAGGGGAGCCUGUGGAACAAGUUCUUCCAGGACAACGAGUUGAGAGGGAUGAUCAAACAGGAUGUUAUGAGAACGUUUCCUGAGAUGCGUUACUUCCAAGAGGAGGACGUAAGGACUAAGCUGACAGACAUCUUGUUUUGUUACGCCCGAGAGAAUGAACAGUUACUGUACAAACAGGGAAUGCAUGAGUUGUUGGCUCCUAUUGUGUUCGUCCUACACUGUGACCAUCAGGCCUUUCAGCACGCCAGCGAGACCGCCCACCCCAGUGAGGAGAUGCUGUCUCUACUGAAUCCUAUGUUCCAGGAGCAUGAUGCCUAUGCCAUGUUUUCCCAGCUGAUGGAGACAGCAGAACCCUGGUUCUCCAGCUUCCAGAGGGAAGUCAGAAGGGUAGGACAGUUGAGAACAAGUUCUCAUUUACAACUGCAACUUGGCCAAGAUGAAGCAAAGCAGUGCGACAAAAACAACAACAACAACAGAGGAAAGGAGGAAAUGCUAACCAGCAUGCCGUUUGCCCGGCCGCAAGACUUGGGGCCGUCCGUUGCCAUUGUAACCAAAGUGAACCGCAUCCAGGACCAGCUGGUGAAAAAGCACGAUGUGGAGCUGCACAUGCACGUCAACCGCCUGGAGAUCGCCCCACAGAUAUACGGCAUUCGCUGGGUGCGUCUGCUGUUUGGCCGUGAGUUCCCCCUGCAGGACCUGUUGGUGGUGUGGGAUGCCCUGUUCGCUGACAGCAUCACCCUAGACCUGGUGGACUAUGUCUUCGUAGCCAUGCUGCUCUACAUCAGAGAUGCCUUGAUAGCGAGUAACUUCCAGACCUGUCUGGGCCUUCUAAUGCACUACCCACCUAUAGGAGACAUCCACACCCUACUACACAAGGCUUUGUUCCUCCGAGACCCCAAGAACAAUCCUCGGCCGGCCAACUACCAGUUCCAACAGAAUCUGGACUAUUACAAGACCAGAGGGGCAGACCUGGUCAACAGCACCCGUGCCAGUGCCAAGACGGCUCCUCUCAACAUCAACAAAGUCUCCAGCAGCCUGCUCAGCUUUGGGAGGAAGCUCAUCGCCCCAGCCAUAUCAGGGGGUGUUGCCAGCGUUAUCUCUCCAAUCAACAGCGAGAUUCGUUCUGCCCCCUCCCCCCUCACUGCAGCCCCCCGCCCCCAAACCGAGCCCAUGUUCUCUGGCCACGCCCCCCUGCAGACACACUCCCAGUCCCAGCACCAGCGCCUACUGAAGUCUGAGAGCAUGCCAGUCUACCUGAGCCAAGGCCAAACCUACAGGACAGUUAGCUCCUCCCCCAGCAUAGAGAGUCUCUCUGGGGGACAGGGUCACACCACAGCGUCCCCGCCCCUUCCUGUCUCCAGGGGAAGUGACAUCAGCACCUUGUCCCCACCCCUCUCAGCCACCAAGAAGGACUCCUUCUUCAACAUCACUCGCUCCCACAGCAAGACCAUGGGCAAGAAAGAGGCCGAGGAGGAGUUGGAGGCCCAGGUGUCCUUCCUGCAGGGUCAGAUCAAUGACCUAGAGGCCAUGAGCAAGUACUGUGCCAAGAUGAUGAACACACACAUUGGUAGGAUCCAGGAGGUGAUCCUACAGGAGCACCUGGAGAAAGAGGAUGAGGUGUUGGUGUCACUGGCUGGACUUAAACAGAUCAAGGACAUCCUGAAGGGAGCUCUGCGUUUCAACCAGAGCCUGCUGGAGACUGAGGAGAAUGAGGAGAUCACCAUUGCUGACGACCACUAUGACCACGCCUCUGCCGCACAGCAGCAGCACGCCAACAGUCACCAUGAAGACCAGCCUUACCUGGCCGCACCACAGCGUGGUGACGGUGAUGGAGAACAGGAGGAAGAAGAGCGGGAGCAAACCCCACCAGAGCAGCAGGCUUCUCCCCCAGAGUCCUCUCUGUGUGUGGGCUCGGAGGGGAGGAACUGGGAUGACUACAUUCUGGUCUCGCAGGACGGAGAGCUGCCGCCCACCGGGGGAGGGGUGGAGAGGACCCCUCCAAUCAGACAGCUCCACGGCUCGGUCAGGGUGGAGCCGUUCCAGGGUGCAGCGUCGGGUUCCUCCAGCCCAGACGAGGGCAGCAUUCACAGCAAAGACUCAGACUUCGCCAUGGUCAACUCCCAGGACCUGUGAGGGAUUGGACUUUACUGAUCUGGGUGGGAGUUACCACUAACCAGAGAUCUAGGAUCAGUUGAUCUACUCCCUAAUCCCCCACCUUAACCAUUUGGAGGGAUUCAUCCCAACCUGGAGGAUAUGCUGCCCCACACGGGAAAACCAACUCGCCACUGCUGGAUCGGACUAUGGCAGCCUACCGCUAGGCUGUCGCCAAUACCUUAACCUACCUGCUCUGUAUUCCUUCAUGAAUACCAUAGAUAGCCUCUUCUCCUGAAUACUAGGGACUUAGUGCUUAUCCAACCCCAUCUGACUUUAAUGGUUAUACCCAUUUCUGCCACAUGAGGGUGCUACAAGACAGUUCACCACAGGCUACCCUCAGGAACUGGAAUUCAUAGUGCAUUUAUCAGUGUGGGGGAUGCCUUUCCCUUCUCGGUAUGUAGUAAUGGUAGGGUAGUACCCUGUUUCUCCAGGUAGGGGAGUUGUCUGUACCAUACCUCUGUCUAUCUAAAGAGCUUCUCUUGUCUUACCUCCAUUCACCGCCUCUGAUUGUCCUUUAACUGUUUCGAGGUAGAAGUUGCUCCUAACCAAUCGGCAGUCCUACACCUACCAUUAGGGUGGAUGGUACAAUAUCUGAUCCUGUAUCAGUUGUUAGGAGGCAACUUCUACCUACUCUUAACCAGUGCCUGGAAACCAUUGACAGAUUAACUGACUCUCACUUCUUCUUUACAUUUUGUUUAAAGAUACAAUUUUAACCCAAAACAACUGCAUUACAAUGUGAAAUUAUUAAAUUAAGGAAAACUGGCUUUAAAAAAAAAUCAAUUCCAUGUAAUAAGAUUUAAUUAUUUCUGAUGUCCUUGUAUUUAUCUUGCUUCCUGGGGUAGCCAAGUGAAGCAUUGCACACACGAGGGAUGUCCCUACAGCAGAGAGAUGAUUAUCUAUAGACUAAUAAAAUGCUUGUUACAUUA